AUAUACAAUUUCUGAUUUCUUUCUCAAAUUAACACACAUUGUUUUUGCACUACUCGUCGAACGCACAGAUCUAAAAAGAAAGAACCCAAAAACCUCUUUCUUCCCUCACUUCCUCCGAUCUACCUCCGUUUCUUUCUUUUCUCUUAUAUAUACAGUUCUCGCUUUACACAUACAAAUCCUUCACAAUACGCACCGUUUUAUCAAUCGUAGAUGCGAUUCAGUUCCUCAUCUUGAUUUGAUCAGAUCUAAGGUUUUGAUUUUGAUUGAAUUUAGAGAAAGACAAGAUGUUGACGAAAUUUGAAACGAAGAGCAAUAGAGUGAAAGGACUGAGUUUCCACAGUAAGAGACCGUGGAUCCUAGCGAGUCUUCACAGUGGUGUGAUUCAACUAUGGGAUUACCGAAUGGGGACUUUGAUUGAUAGAUUUGAUGAACAUGAUGGACCUGUUCGCGGUGUCCAUUUUCAUAAAUCUCAGCCUUUAUUUGUCUCUGGAGGUGAUGAUUACAAGAUUAAAGUUUGGAACUACAAGAUGCAUAGGUGUCUGUUUACACUUCUUGGACAUCUUGAUUACAUCCGUACUGUGCAGUUUCAUCACGAGUACCCAUGGAUUGUGAGUGCCAGUGACGAUCAGACAAUCCGUAUUUGGAACUGGCAAUCCCGUACUUGCAUUUCUGUGUUGACGGGCCACAAUCAUUAUGUCAUGUGUGCCUCAUUCCAUCCUAAAGAAGACCUCGUUGUUUCUGCCUCCCUAGAUCAGACAGUUCGUGUUUGGGAUAUUGGUGCCCUGAGAAAGAAAACAGUCUCGCCUGCUGAUGAUAUUCUGCGGUUGAGUCAGAUGAAUACAGAUCUUUUUGGUGGGGUUGAUGCUGUUGUUAAGUAUGUCUUGGAAGGCCAUGAUCGAGGAGUCAACUGGGCUGCAUUCCACCCCAACCUUCCCUUGAUUGUCUCAGGAGCAGAUGAUCGCCAAGUGAAACUGUGGCGUAUGAAUGACACAAAGGCUUGGGAAGUGGACACAUUGAGAGGGCACAUGAAUAAUGUGUCGUGUGUUAUGUUCCAUGCCAAACAGGAUAUCAUUGUCUCAAAUUCAGAGGAUAAAAGCAUUCGUGUUUGGGAUGUCACUAAAAGAACUGGAGUUCAGACAUUCCGUCGAGAACAUGACCGAUUCUGGAUCCUUGCAUCUCACCCUGAGAUGAAUCUCCUUGCUGCUGGUCACGAUAGUGGCAUGAUUGUCUUUAAAUUAGAGAGAGAAAGGCCUGCUUUUGCAGUGAGCGGUGACUCUUUGUUCUAUGCUAAAGAUCGCUUUCUGCGGUUCUAUGAGUUUUCAACUCAAAGAGAUACUCAGGUGAUUCCCAUCCGGCGACCUGGUACCACCAGCCUGAAUCAAAGUCCAAGGACGCUGUCUUACAGUCCUACUGAGAAUGCUGUUCUUAUUUGCUCAGAUGUGGAUGGUGGAACUUAUGAGUUGUAUGUCAUUCCCAAAGAUAGCAUCAGUAGGGGUGAUACUGUGCAGGAGGCAAAGAGAGGUGCUGGGGGAUCAGCCAUCUUUGUGGCCCGAAAUAGAUUUGCUGUGCUUGACAAAAGCAGCAACCAGGUCCUAGUCAAAAACCUGAAGAACGAGGUUGUUAAAAAGAGCAGUCUCCCCAUUGCUGCAGAUGCAAUAUUCUAUGCUGGGACUGGUAACUUGCUUUGCAGGGCAGAGGAUCGAGUAGUCAUAUUUGAUCUCCAGCAAAGGAUUGUUCUUGGGGACCUUCAAACGCCAUUUGUCAAGUAUGUUGUUUGGUCUAAUGACAUGGAAAGUGUUGCAUUGCUCAGCAAACAUGCGAUCAUCAUUGCUAGCAAGAAGCUUGUGCAUCAGUGCACUCUCCAUGAGACUAUCCGUGUAAAGAGCGGAGCCUGGGAUGACAAUGGUGUUUUUAUUUAUACAACAUUGAACCACAUAAAAUACUGUCUGCCCAAUGGGGACAGCGGCAUAAUCAGAACUCUUGAUGUCCCAAUAUAUGUAACUAAGGUUUCUGGAAAUACCAUAUUUUGCUUGGAUCGGGAUGGGAAGAGCAGACAUAUUGACAUUGAUGCAACAGAAUACAUGUUCAAACUUUCUCUUUUGAGGAAGAAGUAUGACCAUGUUAUGAGCAUGAUUAGGAACUCUCAGCUCUGUGGGCAGGCAAUGAUCGCUUAUUUGCAACAGAAGGGUUUUCCUGAAGUUGCUUUGCAUUUUGUGAAGGAUGAGAGGACUCGAUUUAAUUUGGCCUUAGAGAGUGGAAAUAUUCAGAUUGCUGUUGCUUCAGCAAAGGAAAUUGAUGAGAAAGAUCACUGGUAUAGAUUGGGAGUGGAAGCUCUUCGCCAAGGUAAUUCAGGUAUUGUUGAAUAUGCCUACCAGAGAACCAAAAACUUUGAGAGGUUGUCUUUCCUCUAUCUCAUUACUGGGAACCUGGAAAAGCUUUCUAAAAUGCUGAAAAUUGCUGAAGUUAAGAAUGAUGUCAUGGGCCAGUUUCAUAAUGCACUUUAUUUGGGUGAUAUCCAAGAACGUGUCAAGAUCUUGGAGAAUUCUGGCCAUUUGCCACUUGCUUAUAUAACUGCGAAAGUCCAUGGGCUAGAGGAUGUUGCUGAACGUCUAGCUGCUGAGUUAGGAGAUAAUGUUCCAUCUUUGCCGGAGGGUAAAGUGCCUUCACUUCUGAUACCUCCAGCUCCCAUCAUGUCUGGCAGUGAUUGGCCCCUUCUAAGAGUCAUGAGAGGCAUAUUUCAAGGUGGGCUGGAUGAUACGGGUAAAGGUGCUGUUGAUGAGGAUGAAGAGGCUGCUGAAGGUGAUUGGGGUGGAGAUCUGGAUAUUGACGAUGUGGAUGGCUUGCAAAAUGGAGAUGUUUCAGGAAUUUUGGAGGAUGGGGAAGUGGCUGAUGAAAAUGGGGAGGGAGGAUGGGACCUUGAAGACUUGGAGCUCCCCCCUGAGGCAGACACACCGAGGGCUUCUGUAAGUGCCCGCUCGUCUGUUUUUGUGGCUCCAACUCCUGGUAUGCCUGUAAGCCAGAUUUGGAUCCAGAGAUCAUCACUUGCUGCUGAACAUGCUGCAGCUGGCAAUUUUGAUACUGCUAUGCGGUUGCUCAACAGGCAACUUGGAAUUCGAAACUUUGCUCCAUUGAGAUCCAUGUUUCUUGAUCUUCACACAGGUAGCCAUACCUAUUUGCGUGCAUUUUCAUCUACUCCAGUGAUAUCUCUGGCUGUUGAACGUGGAUGGAGUGAAUCUGCUAGCCCUAAUGUAAGGGGCCCUCCAGCACUGGUGUUCAAUUUCUCUCAGUUGGAAGAGAAGCUCAAGGCUGGAUACAGAGCCACAACAGCUGGAAAAUUUACUGAGGCACUUCGACUCUUUCUCAGCAUUCUUCAUACAGUCCCUCUAAUUGUUGUUGAGUCCAGGAGGGAGGUCGAUGAAGUUAAAGAGUUGAUUAUCAUAGUCAAAGAAUAUGUCCUGGCUUCGAAGAUGGAGCUCAAAAGGAGGGAAAUGAAAGACAAUCCAAUACGUCAACAGGAGCUAGCUGCCUAUUUCACUCACUGCAACCUUCAAAUGCCUCAUUUAAGGCUUGCUCUGCAAAAUGCAAUGACUGUUUGCUUCAAGGCAAAGAACCUAGCUACUGCAGCUAAUUUUGCCAGGCGUCUAUUAGAGACGAACCCCACAAUUGAGAACCAGGCAAAGAUGGCCAGGCAAGUGCUGCAGGCUGCAGAAAGGAAUAUGACAGAUGCCUCCGAGCUAAAUUAUGACUUCAGAAACCCAUUUGUGACAUGUGGUGCAACAUAUGUUCCAAUUUACAGAGGACAAAAAGAUAUCUCUUGCCCAUUUUGUAGUUCACGAUUUGUGCCAAGCCAGGAAGGACAGUUGUGUUCUGUUUGUGAUCUUGCUGUUGUUGGGGCAGAUGCUUCAGGGUUACUCUGUUCUCCUACCCAGAUACGAUGAGCGAGUUUUUGUCAAUUAUUUUUCAGCUCGUCUUAUCUGAUAGCAGAAGUGGCGGUCUUCAUUGUUUUCUAUCUGCAGGGAAAAAAGGUAAGAGAUACCUAUAGAAGAGUUAAGUCCCCAGUGAAUUUGUUUGUGUUAUCUUUUUCUUCUAUUCUGCUUUAUUCUGGAAAUCUCUUUCACCCCUUGUUUACUUAGUUGAUUAUGAUUUUCAAUGUAAUAAACAACUUGAGAAUUUUGGCUUGGCCUAUUCUUGUUAGCUGUUCAUAGACAAGAAUAGACGAGGGGGCUCUUUUGUUAAAUUAGAUAAAUCUUUAUAGGCAGGACAAGUUUACAUCUCAGUUGUAUGGCAAAAUUUGCUUAUUUGUGAUGA